AUGGACAACAUUAGCGCUGCUAGAACUGAAGAGCUUCGGCUUCGACUAUCGUUUGUGAAAGAGAUUGAAUCGAAACUAGAUCUAUUUUGCCAGUUGGCGACCGCUCACCAUCCUGACGAGCUGCCGUGUGAACCCUUCAAACCUAUUGGGCAUGACAAACACAUAAAGUACGGUAGCUUCAACUUGUGUGUUUUUAUUCAGUUCACUGCGCCAUCUACACAGAAAUGGGUGAUAAGAGUGCCCUUUCCUCACCGCAGCUUUUGGAUUUUGGAAAGGUUGCGUUCGGAGGUAGCUACAAUGGCUUUUAUGGCCACCGCCCAGGAGUACAUUCCGGUGCCCAAGAUACAUGCCUACUCCCUCAACAGUGACAAUCUCAUCAAGUCCCCGUUUAUAAUAACGAAUUAUUGCGAAGGACGGCCUCUUCAUGAGCUGGGGUUCCAAAAAGGUGGACGAAGCCCAGACUAUAUAAUCAAGAAGGUUUAUAACCAGCUCGCUCUUUUUCAGUGUCAUCUUCGUCGGCUUGAGUUCCCAAAAAUUGGAGCUUUGAGCCUGCCGAGUUACACAAAUCAGCCUCCGACUGAAUCCGAAAUUAACGGAAUAACCGUUCAGAAUCGGCCGCUCAGUAUAAAUAUAGCCAUGCAACACGAGAAGGGGUAUCAGCCCGAGGAGAUUAUCCAACCAGGGAUGACAUUUUCCACGACAGGAGAGUUCAUCACUACUCUUAAGAGAUUAUCGGAUAACCAGUUCCUAAAAUCACCAGAUGUCGGAUUAGACGUUCGAGGAGGUCGUUCGCUGAUCUACGCUAAUCACGACAUUUAUCGCUUUAUUAGAGACGAAUGGAUUCAUUCAGAUGGACCCUUUGUGCUUACGCAUGGAGACAUCACUCUCCAUGAUAAUAAUAUCCUCUUUGAUUCAGAAUUCAACCUCGUCGCCGUGAUCGAUUGGGAAUGGUCAUUUGUCGCACCCGUCCAGUUUCUUGUGCCACCGGCGUGGUUGACUGGGGCGGGAUUUGGGUUCAUGAUUCAGGACUUGGGGUGGUACGAUAAAGAAGCUGAGGAAUUUCUACGCCAGGUCAGAUACGCCGAGGACGAGUUAAAGAGACAAUCAUUGCCACCGAGAAUUUGGACGGGAGCGUGUGACACUGCAACUGUUGUAGCACUACUUCAUCCAGAUCAUAUAUAUGAAAGCUAUUGGACUGUAAUACACGGGGAACAACACGGCGUGAGCCCUAUAAAGGACAUUCGGAAAUUUCUAUCAUGUUUUAUAAACGACUCCCCAAAACGGCAAAUUCUUUUGGUUCAGAAAUGGCAGGAACAAAUUCUAUUUUGGGUUGAUGAAAUGAAGUUUCUUGAGAAAAAAGAGAGGCCCUUUUUGAUAGAUGGAGAGCCUCCAUCUCUACUACAGUCAAUUGGACUUGAAUGA